ACUUAUCUGAUUACUAUACCGUCUUCCACCGUAAUGAAGUUCGUCAUUUUCCUCGCCUCCGUGGCUUUGACCCUGGCGGCUAACACCAGUCACCAGGUAAACCACAUGUUCACCCUUGUGGACGCUAACCGAGAUGGCAUCUUCUCCAAGGCAGAGCUUGGUCACGUCUAUCAAAACUUCGACCUGAAUGGCGACCACCGAGUGACAAUGACGGAGUUCUACCGAGCGUUCUGCCACGCCGACCACCGCCUGUGUAUUGUAGCUGGAGACCUGUUCAAGGAUUUGGACGCCGACCACACCCUCAUGAUCCUGGAGUCCAGUCUCGACCACCUCUAUGAUCUGUUUGACGCAGACGGAAACGACGAAGUAACGAAAUCAGAGUUCCACACGUUCAUGGUGAAGGAACUGGACAAGCUGAAGGCAGCGCACAACCUGAACUAAACAAAUCCCAAAGGAUCUUGGUUGUAAAAACAGAUCAGAAUAGACUAUUCAUCAGAUCCGGUGUACACAUAUUGCAUCCGAAUAAUGUAUUGAUUAUUUUCAAUAAAAAAACAAAUAAAAACUUAUUUUUUA